ACCGUCAAGUUCCAUGUUAGCAUGGUCAAAUUGAUGAACUUGUACAACGUUACAACUUUUAGAAAUAACUUUUUUUAAACAGUUACCUUUGCAUUUUAGGGAAGUUUGGACCAGUAUGAUUUCUUUUGAACGCUUUUCUGUCGUUUAAAGCGUUUCUUUAAUUUUACGCUCAGUAUGCGCGUUUGCAGACAGGGAGUGGCAAAAUAUAUUUAUUUUUUGCCAUAACUCCUCGAAGUAAUUUUUCUACAUUGAUAACGUGCUUGUCUGUGAGUGACGGACCUAAUGGACCAUUCGCCGUCGAUAAUCACGCAAGUAACCAGAGAGGAGGAGGAAAAUGCGACUUGCCGUGAGGAAGGUGCCAAUGAAGUUUCCCCCUCACAGAAGCCUCGCAGCAGAGGCCUUUUCCACAGUCUCUUCUGCUGUCUGUGUCGCAGAGAAACAGAGCCACCUCCAGUAAAAAACAAUGCCCCCUUAUUGGUAGAAGAAAAUGGGACUCUGUCAAAAGUUCCUGCAAAACCAUUGCUCCCACGGAUGAAAUCGAAUGACGCAGGGAAGAUCUGUGUGGUCAUUGAUUUGGAUGAAACAUUAGUGCAUAGUUCAUUUAAGCCAGUGAACAAUGCUGAUUUUAUCAUUCCAGUGGAAAUUGAUGGAACAGUUCACCAGGUGUAUGUGUUAAAGAGACCCCAUGUUGAUGAAUUCCUCAAGAGGAUGGGAGAAUUGUUUGAGUGUGUUCUGUUCACUGCAAGCUUAGCCAAGUACGCAGAUCCUGUGUCUGACCUGUUGGACAAAUGGGGGGCCUUCCGGAGCCGUCUCUUCCGGGAGUCCUGUGUCUUCCACAAAGGGAACUACGUAAAAGACCUUAGCCGUUUGGGAAGAGACCUCAACAAGGUCAUCAUCAUCGACAACUCCCCAGCGUCCUACAUCUUCCAUCCCGACAACGCAGUUCCUGUAGCAUCCUGGUUUGACGACAUGUCAGACACUGAGCUCCUCGAUCUUAUCCCCUUCUUUGAGAGACUAAGCAAAGUGGAUGACAUCUAUGAUAUUCUCAAGCAGCAGAGGACUUCAAGUUAACAGAGGCAGGGCACUAGGAUUAAAAUAAUCACCAGUGGCUGUUGUCACGGGGCCACGGAGGCUGGUGGGCCACAGGCUGCACACUGCUUCCCACUACAAGGACCAUACUGCAAAAAAAAAAAAAAACCUUUAAUUUAAUCUCAUAUUCUCAUAGUAUAUUACAUAAAAAGUAAAAAUUAAUCAUCAAUCAAUAAAUCAAUCAAUCUUGUAGCUGGGUUUGGUGCUUCAGCAUUGACAGUUAUUUAAUCCCAGUGUCAGAUUUUCUUUUUAGUAAUUCUACAUACAGAUUUAUUAAUAUGAGAUUAAAUGACCUCUGUAGAUAUCUUUUUCAGUACAGCUAGUGUUGUUGUCGUUGACAGCAGUGACCUAUGUAAGUGUGCUGUAAACCUAGACUGUGUGAACAAAUGUUCAGUGCCAUUCUACGAAUGAACCACAUCAAUCAUUUUUAUGUCAGUGCGAUGUAGCAUUUGGAUCAGUAUUUGAAGUUCUCACACACAAUAUAACAAGUCAUUGAAAAUGGUCCUUUGAAUCUAAUUAAGCUCGUUGUGUUUGUUUAUUUUUCCUUUUUGUUUUUUGGCAGAAUGUGUAUGUAGGAAAAGUCAAUCAUUAACUCUGGAAAACUGUUUAAUAAUUUUGUGACACAUUUCACUACAAAUUGCACAUUUUAACAUGCUUCAAACAAUGUCCACUUACUGUUUGUGGUCCAGGAAUAUACUCUAUGGUUUAGCUUUAGCAUGUAGAAAAGAAACGACAUCCAGUAGUCCCUGCCAUUGAUUGUAGUCCUCAUUCACCACAUUACGAUAAAUGAUAAGGUUAAUCAUUAUAUUCUAAUAUUAAUACAAUCUAAUUAUGCAUAAUAACCCUUUUAGGUUCAGCACAACAUAAGACUUCUACUAUAAAAGUCAGGAUUUAGUGGACAGUUAAAGAUGAACUAAUAGACUGACUGAUAGGACCUUUCAUACACAGAUGUACCACUCCAGAAAUGGUGACAUUAUUUUUGUACAUACAAUCAUUUUGAUUAGAUUUUUAAUGUUAUUUUAUCUAAUGUUAUUUUAUCUUUUGAGUUUUAGUUGAAUUGCCCACCACAGUGUGUGGCUCAUCAGUAAUGCAAUACUGUUUAUGUGUGCAGGAGGAGGUUGUGACCUGCUAUGGCGUCUCAGAUAAGUUUGUCCUUUUAUUUUGAAAGCACACUUUGAUGUCUCCUGUCGGUAAACUUGAAUUUGAGCUUUUUUUGUGUCAGACAAUAAUGGAGUCAAGUGUCCUGCCUUAUCGAUCUGUAGAUUCAGUUUCAUAGGGGAAACUUGUGCCAGAAAUGUUGUAGCCCUGAUUUACUUUGCCUCGGUCUGGAGCGAGUGUGUAUGUUCGUAUGUGUGUGUGUGUGCGUGUGCGGCUUUCAGUGUGAUUGCAUCAGUGUGAGUAUUUACAUUAGUUUGAGAUUUUAAAGAAAAUGCUUUGACAAUACGUGAAAAACAUAACCUGUCUUGGAAUAACGAUUUACUUUUUUUUUUUUUUUUUUUUUUUUUUUUUUUUACUGUAUGCAACCAGAGUAUUAACAUUUUGACUCAAGUAAAGAAACUGGUCAAGUGAGUUUUUAAAUUGCUGCUGAUAAAUUGUAUAGAUUGAAAAAAAAAA